CACCAGCUCAUUUUCAAUAUGGCCGGAGGUGGAAGACGGCCAUGUAGCCUGGGGUGCUCGUCCAUAAAAUUCACCAUAUCCGGCGAAGCAAUCUUACCCUUAGCACCCAGACUAGAUGGUAUGGCUACUCCAAUAUGAUCUGGACUUUCUAUGGACACCAUGUCCAAGUCAAUGGGUUGAACUGCGCAUGCCGGAUGUCCAUUCCAUUUACGCCGCGAUGAAUUCACCUUCUCAUGAUCUAGCCUCAGGGACCGGUCUGACGCCCUCAACCCAGCAACUUCCAGGAUGCCUGGAGCCUCGACACGGCUGAGUUUGUGCCUUACGAUCAUGAUUGCGUGUGCCAAAGCAGGGUACUGUGGAGCUGUUCCUCCGUAUCCUGCGGAGGACAAAUUUCCCAAUGGGCCAGACUUUAGCGCCCAGAACCGAGAAGUCUAACGUCCCGGUAGCAACAGGACAACAGGAGAUGGGCCCGGAUAGCCCUUGGAGAGCCGUUGGAGAAGGGGACAGGGGAAAACAUACUCAGCAGGCGAAGCGCAGUGUCUGACUGGUCUACAGCAACGGCAAACCGAAUGAGGCUAUGCGGGGAGAUAUUAUCUCCAAAACGAUUCCCAUGCUACAAUAUCGUCCCCGGGGACCGCUGAGAACAUUACAUUGAACUUUCAGGUGAAAGAGAGGGAGAGACACCCCAUGUUCAUUGAUUGUAAGAAGCCAGACAUGGAGAACAAUGCGGCUCAACAACCACUUAAGCUCCCCACGGACUCCGUGUAUGGAUUUGUGGGGAUUGGAGUCAUGGGAUAUGGAAUGGCAAUGAACCUCCGCGCGAAAAUCCCCCAGACAGCCAAGUUUGUGCUGUGUGAGAUCAACGAGGCAAGAAGGGAGCAAUUUCUCCAGGAAUGUAAGGCUUCUGUGGAAGUGGCGCAUUCGCCACGCGAGGUCGCCGAGAAGGCCGUGAGUGAGCUCCUACACCAGGGAGACGGAAUGAGUUGACUCUAAAGGGAAGCCGUGAUCCUCCAGGACAUUAUAAUCACCAUGCUCCCACGAGCACCGCACGUCCAUGACGCCUUUACAAAUCCCGAAACAGGCUUCAUAUCCGGGUUAUCAUCCUCGUUGCCGCCACGUAUAUUCCUUGAAUGCUCAAGCAUUGACGUCGCGACAUCAACGUCCCUCGCCAAAUUGGUCGCCUCUACUGGACUAGGCCUCUUUGUUGAUGCUCCCGUUUCGGGGGGACCCCAGGGUUCCAAUGCGGGCACUUUGACCUUCAUGGUUGGAACGCCCAACGAGCAGAUCUUUGGCGUCGUGAAGCCAAUUUUAGCAACCAUGGGCAAGGAGGAGAAUAUCUACCAGUGUGGAGGACUAGGUGCUGGGCUCGCGACGAAACAGUUGAAUAACUACCUGGGCUAUGUUGGAUAUUUGGGGCUUUGUGAAGUCAUGAACGCCGGUCUGCUCUACGGCCUUGACCCAAAGAUUCUUUCAAAUGUUAUUAACGCUUCGUCCGGCAUGAACUGGAACUCCCUCCACCACAACCCGGUCAAAGGGGUAAACCCGGCCGCAUCUUCCGCGCGAGAUUUCAAGGGAGGCUUCACGACCGAGCUCGCCGGCGGCGUCAUUGAUGAUGCAGUCGCGCUCAUGAACUCCGUUGGCGCCAGCACCGUCCUGGCCGACCCGGUGCAAAAGGUCUUUGUGGAGGCGAGGAAGAACGACAAGUGUAAAGGUAUGGAGGCGAGGAGCGUGUGGAAGCUAUUCGCCGAAGACGGCGGGAGCGAUGUGCGGAAACUGUAGAUUACCGAGCCAUAAACCGGUCCAGUCUCGCUCUUGAUGUUUUGCCUGAGCUUCUGUAGGUACGAGUCUAUAGCCGGCGAUAGGUAGAUGUGAUAUCAACAUGGCUGGCUUCUUUCUC